CCUUUAGCUGGAGGAAUAUCAUUCACCAAGGGCAGAGAAAUAGGUCCAGUUAUGAAGCCCAACAUAAUAGAGCACUUCACAAAUCCAGGCCAUUCACUAACAGAGGUUUAUGGGAGCGAAGAGUUCCAUUGCGAUGGCUGCAAGACCCCUGGAAAUGGCCCCAGAUAUCGAUGCCACACAUGCGAUUCCACUCUGCAUGAGUACUGUGGAGUGUGCCCAUCCACCCUCUCCACCUUUAUGCACCCCCAGCACCAGCUCAAACUAGAGAUUCGAACCCAAGGCAGGCGCGUUAACGAGCGGUUGUGCACUUUGUGCAGGGACGACGUUGAGGGGCUGUUCUACCGGUGCACGGACUGCGACUUCGACAUCCACCCCCUAUGCACCAAAAUUCCCGAGUAUGUGCCCGACCCCCUCCACCCCACUCAUCAAUUAAAGCUCCAGACGUCGUCCUCCGGUACGGAUGUGGGAUUUGUAGUUUUUCAUCUUGAGUGCAUUUUAGCACCGUGCGAGACGCCAACGGUUUCACGCUCAAUGGGAGCGCCAACUACUCCAGCACCACCGCCUUAUGGUCCUUAUGGUAUUGCACCACCGCUGCAUCCAUGGGGUGUUUAUGGAGGGCUGCCUCCUUAUAGUGCUUACGGGCCGUGGUAUCCUUAUUAUUCGUCAACACCACAUCUUUAUAAUUGGCCAUCGUCAACUCCUUUUACUGCUUAUGCUCAUGCUUGUGCCUAUGCUCCACCACCCCCAUCUUCUGGUUUUAAUGCUCAUGGAGGUACCACUGAUUUUGGUCCACAUAACACGAAUAAUCAAGCUCAAGGAACUGGUAAACCGUUAAAAGGGAUGCUGAGCAAGAUUAUAUAUUCGCUAUCGAUAGGAGUGUUGACUAAUUUGAUCGCAGGCGGAAUAACAGGUUGACCUUCUUAAUUUGCCGUGAAUUUACAUUGGAUGUUACGCUCGGGCUUGUUUUGAGAGGGGACUAACAUCUCUUUUCUAUUGAAAAAUUGAAAAAUGAAAAAGGAGAAAGAUCCUUGCAUCAAUUUUCUCAAUCCCAUAGAGGAUUCAACGUU